AACGACGCAUUUCGGCCUAUCAGUUACGACCAAUCGAUUCCGGAGAUGAUGAAACCUCAUCAUCAGGAAAAGAAGACAGCUCGCCCGAGUCACCACAUCCACAACGCCAGCCCGGCGCACCACAGUAUGGCCAAUAUUUGGCCAUCAACGGGCAGGCACCCCAUCAGGGACGCGCACGCACUAAGAAACCGCGCAGUAAAUCUUUACAACCACAUUCAAAUCUUGUACCCUGGCGCAAAUCAUCUCGCCCUAGACGUGGUCGUUCCCUAGACAAGCAACCCUUCUUUCCCGGUUACAAACCAGAACCAAUCAAAUCAUGGACUGAAGAAACUAUAAGUCUGAAACCAACACCAAUUGAAAAGAAAGUCAUUCCAAAAUUGGAGGCAGCUAAAGUUGAGCUCAAAUCCAUCAAAGAUCAGCGCAAUCAGGGUUUGAUGAGCAUUGGUGCUACACUCGACAAGAUCAUCGCUGGUAAGAGUGAAAAGGAAGCCAUUCCAUGGGUGGUGAUGCCUUGGGUGGUGAUGCGUGAGAAAUUGAAACAUGUCGAAAGCGUACAAAAGCAAUUGGACAAAUUCGAUUUGGAUGAAGUUUACCUACGACCAAUCGAUCAGCCGAUAAUCAUAGACAAACAAACGCCGCAACAGGCGCAACAAGAGCAAAUCGAACGGACUAAAGAAAUUCAGAGGCUGCGUAGCAUGGAAAGUUUGGAAAUUACUGAGAUGACAGAGCAGAUCGAAAAAUUAAUAACCAAACAUCAAAAGGAAGACACCAUUCCAUGGAAGGAAAUGCGUCAGCAUCUGAAAAGUGUUCAGCGUGUGCACAACCAAAUCGAGAAGUUCAAAAUUGAAGAAGUGGAGCUACGUCAUUUAGAGGCGCAAACCACAACUACACAGAAAGUGAGCGGCGCAACACAAGACACAGUCUAUAUGACUGUGGAUGAGAGCUCAAAGGGAUCCAUACAGAAGGUGCUGCGCAAAGAAGACAUCCAGCAGUAUGGUGAAGACGUGACCGAUCUGCAUAAGCAACAGUACAUCAUAAGUGAAGACAUUAACAUGCUGAGUGUUGCUGAGCGUGAGCGUCUUGAAGCUCAACGCAUCAUACAACAGCAGCUGCCUGUAAACUGGCGCCAAGGACAAACGAGGCCAAAACUACAACCACUCACAUCGGGAGAGGAUACUUCCAUACUGAAGACGGGCGCCACAACUCAAGAGCAGUUCACACAAAGCUUGCAACAGCAAAAGUACACCAGCGUUGAAGACACGAAAAUGAUGAGUAUUCAAGAGCACGAGCACCUUCAAAUGAUGAAACGUACACAGGAUGAAAAAACGGUGGAUUGGCGCCAACAGAGGCAAACACAAGAAUUCCAGCAAGUAGAAGAUUCGACCAGACUAGCCAUUCAAGAGCGGCAAGAUACUGAAGAACAGCAAUUCACACAACCACAACCAACUAUGUGGGAUCGUGGCAGUAAGAAGCCGCUGCCUCAACAAGCACAGCCUCGACCGCAAAAACCCGCUGCACAGUAUCCAGAGCAGCCUAAGACAUACGAGGAAGCAGUUGAUGUGUUGCCGGAGCAACCUGCGCCUGUGCAACCAACAGACCAGCCUACACCAGUUAUGUGGGAACGCGGUAGAAAGAAGGUAACUACUCAGCACCAGCAAAUGAACGGUACUCAGCAAAUUUCAGAGGUGGCCGAACAGCAAAUUAUUGAUCAACAGCAAAUCAUUGAGCAACAACAAUUUGUUGAAGAAACCAAGAAAACUACCGUACGCAAAACAAUUGCACCGCGUGAGCCUGAACAAAAGAUGGAACAAGUUUUACUAAAGCCUACACCUCGACCACGUCCCAAAUUACCAGAAAAUACUGAAGAAAUCCAAAUUCAAACACUGAAGCGCACACAGGCUACACAUACUGUCGAAGAACAGCCAACCCGCGGCUUUGAAGAAGCUUUGGCCACACUCGAGGAAGUGGAAAGACCACAACAACCUGAGGCACCACAGCCGGUUAUGUGGGAACGGGGAAAGAAAAAGCCUAUUAAAGCAGAUGAAGUAACUGCUGAACAGCCAACAAAAGCUUAUGAGGAAGCUGUAGAUGAGCUGCCAGAGCAGGCUGCCACUCAACAGCCAGAACAACCUCAGCCUGUAUUGUGGGAUCGUGGCAAGAAAAAACCAACAGCCCAAGUUCAGGAAACACAACAGGUAGAAGAGAAACAACAAACUGUUGAAGAACGAAUCACUGAAGAACAAACUGUGGUGGCAGAUGUUAAGAAAGUCGCACGCAAGGUAAUACCACAGGAGCCUGAACAGAAAAUGGAACAGGUGGUGCUUAAGCCAACACCAAGACAAAAACCGAAAGAGACGCCCAAAGCAGAAGAAGUACAGCUUAAGCCAACUAAACGGCCGCAACCCACACGUGCCGCAGAAGUGGAACAGCAGCAACCAAGCCAAGCAUAUGAGGAAGCAGUCGAUGAUCUUCCUGAAGAGCAGAAGGUACAACAGGCAGAGAAACAAGAGCAACCAGUUAUAUGGGAGCGUGGUAAAAAGAAACCGGCCAAACCUACAGAGCAGAAGGUGGAAGAGCAACCCACAAAAGUUGAUGAAGAAGCUGUUGAUGAACUAAUUGAGGAACCAAUUCCACAGCAACCAGAACAGCCACAACCCGCCGUAUGGGAGCGUGGAAAACGGGUGAAACCGCUGCCACAAGAAGUUACCCAGGUUGAAGAAAUAAAGCAAGAGUCGGUUUCUGAAGAAGUGAUUGCUGUUGAAGAAACCAAAAAGAAGGCUGUUCGCAAGAUCAUUCCACAGGAACCAGAACAAAAGAUGGAACAAGUGGUACUCAAACCUACUCCUAGGCAAAAACCGAAAGAAGCUCCUAAGCCAGAAGAAGUUCAACUGAAACCUCUGCAACGGCCACAGCAAAAGCAAGUCGAAGAAGAGAAGCCACUACAGCCUACAAAAGCAUUCGAAGAAGUUGUUGAUGAAAUAACAGAAGACGUCGCUGAAAUAGAAGAACAACCACAGCCGGUCAUGUGGCAACGUGGCAGGAAGAAGAAACCUGUCAAGGUUACUGAAGAGAAACCAGAAGAAUUGCCAGCACCUACUCAAGAAGAAGUGGUCGAUGUAUUGGAGGAGCCAGAGCCGGAGCUACCAGAAGAGAAAGCUGUAUUAUGGGAACGGGGCAAGAAGAAACCGAAAACUCCAAAGAAGGAGGAAGUUGAAAUUGUCGAAACGCAGAAGGAAGAAAUAAAAGAACAGGAAGUGGUUGAGAAGAAAAAGGUUAAGAAAAUCAAACACAAACCUACUGAUACACAAGAACUCGAGACGGUAGAAGUAAUGCCUGAGGCUGAGGAAGAAGAAAUCGGUGAAGAUAUACCGGAAGAAAUACAGCCAACAAUAGAAGAGCACAAACAAGAACUAGAGACGAGAGAAAUUGUGGAGAAAAAGACAAAGAGGAAGCUGCGGAAACCAAAGUUACGAGAAGAUGAGGAGAUUCUAAGUAUAGAUGUUCCAGACGAAGAAGUUGAAGAGACCACCGAAGAUAUCAAAGUAGAGGAAGCUACUGAAGAAAAGAAAAUAAAGGUGAAGAAGGUUAAGAAACCUAAAAAGAUAAAGACUGAGGAAGAUACUGAAGAAGUUCAACCCGAAGAGGUUCAAGGAGAGGAAAUAGAAGAAGAACUUAAACCAGAAGAACCAGUGCCAGAAGAAAAGGCUCCGAUUAAACGGAAGAGCAUUAAGCCAGAAGAACCUGAACAGGUCGAGAAGGUUACGCUGAAACCAGUACCACGCAAACAGUUACCGAAGCCUGAGCAAGACAAGCCGGAGGAAGUUACACUCAAACCAGUCAAAAAGGUCUCGAUUUCAGAAGACGUGCAACAACCCAAGGAAGUUGAAGAGACUACCGAAGAUAUCAAAGUAGAAGAAGCCACUGAAGAAAAGAAAAUAAAGGUGAAGAAGGUUAAGAAACCUAAAAAGAUAAAGACUGAGGAAGAUACUGAAGAAGUUCAACCCGAAGAGGUUCAAGGAGAGGAAAUAGAAGAAGAACUUAAACCAGAAGAACCAGUGCCAGAAGAAAAGGCUCCGAUUAAACGGAAGAGCAUUAAGCCAGAAGAACCUGAACAGGUCGAGAAGGUUACGCUGAAACCAGUACCACGCAAACAGUUACCGAAGCCUGAGCAAGAAAAGCCGGAGGAAGUUACACUCAAACCAAUCAAAAAAGUCUCGAUUUCAGAAGACGUGCAACAACCCAAGGAAAUAGAGGUGUAUUCCGACGAAGAAGUGCCUCAAAAGGUCGUUGAAGAAGUCAGUGAGGAAGUCACUAAGAAACGUGUAAAGAAGAAGAAGCCCAAGAAGAAGACAGCUGAACAGGAAGAAGUGGAGGAAACCGAACAACCGGCCGAAGAAAUAGAGGAAGAAGAGGAGGUAGAGCCCAUACCUGCAGAAGAAAUUGAAGAACAGCCAACAGAGGAAGUGGUUGAAAAGCCAGAAGCUGUUCCACGGCCCAAACCAAAACCAAAAGUAGUACCUGUUGAAGAAAAGGUCGAAGAAGUUGCCCUCAAACCGAUCAGAAAAGUUAAAAAGGAGCUUCCAGAAGAGCAAAGCGUUGAGGAAGUCAAAUUGAAACCUGUGAAGCGGCCAGAUCAAGUGCCUGAGGAGCAAAAACUAGAAGAAGUUGUGCUUCAACAUGUCGAAAAACAAGCUGAGGAAAUUAUUGUUGAGGAAAAGAAGAAGACAAAGAGAGUUAAGAAGCCGAAACCUGAAGAAUUACAGGAAAUUCCAGAUGCGGAGCCGGUGCAACUAGAAGAGGCUGAGCAUUUCGAUAUCGAAAAGGAGCCGAUCGUACAGGAGCCACAACCGCAAGUCCCUUGGAAGCGCGGCGAAAAGAAGAAGCCAGUUGAGGAACCCAUUGAAGAGAAACAGUGGCCGACUGGCAAGAGGAAACCACGUCCGGAGGAACAACCAGAAGAAGUAACACUCAAGCCCAUUCCACAAAAGCCAAAAGAAGAGCCAGAAAAGCCAAUCAAGGAAGUUCAUGCACCAAAAUUGGCACCUGAAGAACGACCACAACCAGAAGAUGAGGAACUUGAAAUCACACCAAUACCGGUGGAAGACGAAGCGGAGCCACAAAAAGAAAAGCCAAAGAAAGAAAAGAAGAAGAAACCUAAGUUGAAGAAAGCAACGCCGUCCGUUGAUGAAAUAACUGAAGAAAUAGCUGAACCAUUCAAUGAACCCAUAACUGAAGAGGAUCAAGUCGACGAAAUUCCUAUUGACGAGGUCAAGGAAGUUGCUGUUUCUGAGGAAGUUCUGCCAGAAGAAGAGGUCGUACCCACCGACGAUUUGCCCACCACCAAGCAAAAGGCCCAUAAGAAACGCACAAAACGUCUAAAGGAUGUAUCAUUCGAAGAGCAACCAAAGCUGCUUGAAGCCGAAAUUGUUGACCUUGAAGCCGAAGAAAUUAUCACACAAGAAUCCUCACAGGAAAUCUCACAAAAGACUAUUCAACUUAAGAAGACUGAAGAUAAUCGACCUCAAUUCAUCACUACGGAGCAAUUAAUUGAGCUCGACGUAGAUGACGUACGCAGAGGUAUUGACAUGAAAGUUACGUCGAACAUUGUCAAGAAAGAAACACGGCGCAUCAUACUGGACGAUAGCCAACCGCUGCCCGAGCUCGAAUUGAUCACACAAAAGCGUAUACAAGAGGGUAUCGAUAUGCUGCCCGAUGAGGAAUUGAUUGAAGACCAAACGGUGCCUCAAAAGGAGGAGACCACAACAUCAGAAGUACAACAGCAGGAACGUAAGCUGGUGCGCAAGAAGAAGAAGGAAAUCAAACCACCACGCAUUACCGAGAAAUUGCGACCAGUUAUGUGUACACCGGAGGCGCCCACCGAAUUGGAGUGCAAGAUAGAGGGCACGCCAUUCCCAGAAAUUAGCUGGUAUUUCAACGACGUGCUACUCUUUGCUUCGGAAAAGUAUGAAAUUACGGUAAUGGAAGAUGUGGCCAAAUUGAAGAUCGCCAAGGUUACGCCAAGCGAUGUUGGCGUGUACACUUGCGAGGCGCGCAACGAGGCCGGCGUGGCAACAAGUCGAGCCAACAUAUUCUUAGAAAAAGAACAAGGCAUUGCACCACAGUUCACAAAACCACUCAAAAUCGAGUUCACAGAAGAAAAGGAACCCGAAUUAUUGAGAGUUACUGUGACAUGUCAAGUAGUUGGCAAGCCAAUGCCAGAUGUGAAAUGGUACCGCGGCACUGAAGAAGUCAUACCCAGCGAGUCUGUGCAAACCUUCUACAACGAAGAGACCGGCGAUGUCGCAUUGGAAAUCAUCAACCCCACACCCAAUGAAGCCAUUACAUACUCCGUGCAAGCACAAAACGAUUUCGGACGCGCCAUUGGCAAUGCCAACAUACUUAGCCGCGUCGACGAGGCACCACUAGAGGUAUUGAAGCCACCAAAGGUGACACCGCUCAGUGCAAAGGUUAUACCCACUGGUGGUACUUUGUUGUACGAGGCCAAGUAUGAAGGUUCACCACGUCCGGAAAUUACGUGGCUGCGCAAUGGCCGCGAGAUACAAAUCAAUGAAGACAUUACCAUUGAAACCACAGAAACGACCACCACAAUCAAGAUUGUCAAUAUGAAUCGCAAACGCACGGGCAAAUAUGAGGUGUGCGCCAAGAAUAAAGUGGGUGAAGCCAAAUCCUCUGGUUCGGUGAUGGUGACCGAUCAAGCACCCGACAAACAGAUUAUACCACCACGAUUCAUACAACCACUACAGCCGCAAUACUUUGGCGAGAAUGAAGUGGCCAUAUUAGAAGUGCUGGUAGAAUCAGAACCACUCUCAUCAUUCCAAUGGUUUAUCAAUCUUGAGCCGAUCAAGAGUUCGAACGAAUGUCGUAUAGUUUCACAAGCGAACAAGUCUACACUGUUGAUAGAAAACUUCCAAACGAAAUUCGUCGGUAACUAUACUUGUCGUGCGGAGAAUGUAGGUGGCUCGGUUACAUCCACAGCGACCGUCAAAUUACUGGAAGAUAGUCCACAAGAAACUGUGGAAGAAUUCGAAUCGCCACGAUUCGUUGAAGAAUUAUUAGAGUCGAUUAUAGUAAUGGAUGGCGAAGCAUUAUUACUCACAUGCAAAGCGGUUGGCAAGCCUACACCGAAGGUGGAAUGGUACCACAAUGAAGAGAAAGUGGUUGAAACCAAAGAGACGUUGAUAUCACAGGAUGCCGAUGGUUUAUGUCAGUUGCAAAUAACAGAAGUAUUCCCCGAGAACGAUGGCGAAUACAAGUGUGUGGCCAGCAAUAAGAUAGGCGAAGCGCUAACAAAGACAUUUGUCAAUGUACAAG